UAGAACCAAAGAGAGAAACAAAGGCGUGAAAUCGACUCCAAUCGGAGGAGUCUCCGAUGUCAAUGACCUCCGGCCGUCGUUCCACCGUUAUCUCUGCAUCUCCACCGACGGCGGUUGUCCACGGCGUCUGCGGUUCACAAAAUCGGCGAGGUGGGCUUGCGAAAUCGGGGACAACUUUCACCAGAGCUCCGAGGCGAUGGCGAUUCAACCAGUUUCGGUACCGGAAUUUAACUCUAUCGCUUCAGAUCCCUUCAAUUUUCGAAAGGGAAGAAGUCAUAUCUUUGAGUUUGAAAAUUAUUCUGACAUGCAUGCUUGCUGUGAUUUCAUCACUAAGGCCCUUUGUGUGAUGUUGACUCUGUCUCUACCUUUCUUCCACAAAGGGGUUUUGAAGAUGACGAGCCUUUACCUUAAGGAGAGACCCAAUCCCCUAGUGAUGGUCAUCGUUCGAAUCAUCAAGCCCUCAAGAUUCAACUGUUCCCUGAAGUCUAUGCACUGGCCAAACCAGCUUGAAAUGGAGGCAGAAAUGGCUUGGAAACAGGAAAUGGAAAAGAAAAAGAAAGAAGUAGAAGGAAGCUAAAAAACAACGCAUUGCAGAAAUUCAGAGACAACAAAGAGAGGUUGAUGAAAAACUACAAGCUGAAAAAGAAUUGAAAAGACAAGCUAUGGUAAGAGCCCUUCUCUUGUUAUGUUAAUAGAAAUUUUGUUUGACUAUUGUGUUGUGCAAGUUUUGCUAAAUCAAAAAUGAAACUUCAUGA